CAUGACAUUCAAACGGCCGGAGUCAUGGCGGCACGCCACGGAGUUUUCCUUUUGUUGCUUGUGGUAGUCAUACAGUCAGUUGAGAGCAAAAGGAAAGUAAUUUGCGAAAACUCCCAAACAAGAUUGACAUGUCCAUGGAACCAAGUUAUCCAGAUUAAGCAGGCAACGUAUGGUAGAUCUAAUAAAAGAACAUGCAAAUCCCCAAACAUAAAAACAACUCGCUGUUCUACGAAUAAACCGCUGGACAUCUCAAGGAAGAAUUGUAAUGGGCGAAAAUCAUGCCUUGUUUCUGCAAAUAACGGGCUGUAUGGUGAUCCUUGUCCCGGGACAUACAAAUACGUCACUGUUUCCUAUUCCUGUAAAGGCAUUAAGCCCACGAGGCAUAAGAGGCACGCGAAGCGUAGGAGGAACAAGAAGCCUAAGAGUCCCAAGAAGCCUAAAAGGCCCAAGAAGUAUAAGAAACCUAAGAAACCUAAGAUGCCCAAAAAGCCUAAGAAGCCCAAGAAGCAUAAGAAACCCAAGAAACCUAAGAGGCCCAAGAAGCCUAAGAGGCCCAAGAAGUAUAAGAAACCCAUGAAACCUAAGAGGCCCAAGAAGCCUAAGAAGCCCAAGAAGUAUAAGAAACCCAUGAAACCUAAGAAGCCCAAGAAGCCCAAGUGCAGGACAAAAUGUCAUAAAAAAGCCAUGUGUAUAAAUGGAAAAUGCGUAUGUAAACCAAGAUACAAAGGCGAUGGAGUUAGAUAUUGUAAAAACAAGAAAAACAAGACACCAAAAUGCAUGAGAAAAUGUCAUAGACAAGCCAAGUGUAUAAGAGGAAAAUGUAUUUGUAAAUCAGGAUACAAGGGCGAUGGAAUAAGAUCUUGCGUAAACAUCAAAGUCCACACUUCCAAGUGCAGGAGAAAAUGUCAUAGGAAAGCCAGAUGUAUAAAAGGGAAAUGCGUGUGUAAAGGCAAAUAUAAAGGCGACGGAGUUACAUCUUGUAAAAAAGUCAAAGUCCAGACACCCAAGUGUAAGAGAAAAUGUCAUAAGAAAGCCAGAUGUAUAAAGGGAAACUGCGUCUGUAAAGGCAAAUAUAAAGGCGACGGUGUUAGAUCAUGUAAAAAAGUCAAAGUUCAGACUUCCACGUGCCGGAGAAAAUGUCAUAAGAAAGCCAGAUGUAUAAAAGGGAAAUGCGUUUGUAAAGGCAAAUACAAAGGCGACGGAGUUCGAUCUUGCAAAAAGGUCAAAGUUCAGACUUCCAAGUGCAGGAAUAAAUGUCAUAAGAAAGCCAGAUGUAUAAAAGGAAAAUGCGUCUGUAAAGGCAAAUACAAAGGCGACGGAGUUCGAUCUUGUAAAAAGGUCAAAGUUCAGACUUCCAAGUGCAGGAGAAAAUGUCAUAAGAAAGCCAGAUGUAUAAAGGGAAAAUGCGUUUGUAAAGGCAAAUACAAAGGCGAUGGAGUUAGUUCUUGUAAAAAAGCCAAACGAUCAGCAUAUAUUGGUUGCUAUCAAGAUGACAGCAAACGAAUAUUAUCCAAAAAAGUACUAAAAGACAAAAGAAUGACAGUUCAAAAAUGCCAACAAUUUUGUGGUCAAAAAGGAUUCAAAUACGCAGGUGUUGAGUAUGGAUUCGAAUGCUUUUGUGGGAAUGUUUUACGAAAAGACAGAAGACGAAAGGAAAGUGAUUGCAAAACACCAUGCGCAGGAAAUAAACGACAGAUAUGUGGAGGUACAUGGCGAAUCUCUAUUUAUACAGUUAAGACUUCCAAGUGCAGCACAAAAUGUCAUAAGAAAGCCAGAUGUAAAAAGGGAAAAUGCGUCUGCAAAGGCAAAUACAAAGGUGACGGAGUUAGAUCUUGUAAAAAGGACAAAGUUCAAACUUCCAAGUGCAAGAGUAAAUGUCAUAAGAAAGCCAGAUGUAUAAAGGGAAAAUGCAUCUGUAAAGGCAAAUACAAAGGCGACGGAGUUAGAUCUUGUAAAAAAGUCAAACGAUCAAUAUAUAUUGGUUGCUAUCAAGAUGACAGCAAAAGAAUAUUAUCCAAAAAAGUUCUUAAGGACAAAAGAAUGACAGUUCAAAAAUGCCAACGGUUUUGUGGUCAAAAAGGAUUCAAGUACGCAGGUGUUGAGUAUGGAUUCGAGUGUUUUUGCGGGAAUGUUUUACGAAAAGACAGAAAACGAAAGGAAAGUGAUUGCAAAACCCCAUGCGCAGGAAAUAAACAACAGAUAUGUGGAGGUACAUGGAGGAUAUCUAUUUAUACAGUAGCCAAAACAUCUAAGUGCAGGAACAAAUGUCAUAAGAAAGCGAAGUGUAGAAAAGGAAAAUGCGUUUGUAAAAGGAAAUACCAAGGCGAUGGAGUUAAAUCCUGUAAAAAAGUGAAACAAUCAGGAUAUAUUGGCUGUUAUCAGGAUCACAGCAAAAGAAUAUUACCCAAAGAUGUACUGAAAGACAAAAGUAUGACAGUUAAAAAAUGCCGACAGUUUUGUGGCAAAAAAGGAUUCAAGUACGCAGGUGUUGAAUAUGGGGUCGAAUGCUUUUGUGGUGAUGCUUUACGAAAGAAUAAAAAAAGGAAAGAAAGUGAUUGCAAAACGCCAUGCUCAGGAAAUAAACGUCAGAUAUGUGGUGGUACAUGGAGGAUCUCUAUUUAUACUGCCAAGACAUCUAAGUGCAAGAACAAAUGUCAUAAGAAAGCGAAGUGUAGAAAAGGAAAAUGCGUUUGUAAAGCUAAAUACCAAGGCGACGGAGUAAGGUCUUGUAAGAAAGGCAAACGAUCAGCAUAUAUUGGUUGCUAUCAGGAUCACAGCAAAAGAAUAUUACCUAAAGAUGUACUAAAAGACAAAAGUAUGACAGUUCAGAAAUGCCGACAGUUUUGUGGUAAAAAAGGAUUCAAGUACGCAGGUGUUGAGUAUGGGAUCGAAUGCUUUUGUGGCGAUGCUUUACGAAAGGUCAAAAAAAGAAAAGAAAGUGAUUGCAAAACGCCAUGCUCAGGAAAUAAACAGCAGAUUUGUGGAGGUACAUGGAGGAUCUCUAUUUAUAAAGCUCAGACAUCUAAGUGCAGAAACAAAUGCCAUAAGAAAGCGAAGUGUAGAAAAGGAAAAUGCGUUUGUAAAGCGAAAUACCAAGGCGACGGAGUUAAAUCUUGUAAAAAAGUCAAACGUUGUCGAUCGGCAAAGAAAAUCCGAACGCCAAACGAGUAUAAAUACAAACUACUCUCAGAUUAUGGCAUCAGGGUAGAUAAUCCUGACAGUUAUACUAUCAAGUUCAAAGUGAGGGCUAAAAACGAUGCACAUUUAGCCUUAAUGUCUUCCAAUAAUGAGAAGGAUCCAUUGUAUGAGUUAGUACUAGGUGGUUGGGGUAACUCAAAGUCAGUAGUCCGUGACAAGAAACAAGGCCGAAGCUUAUCGGAAUAUAAGGGAAAAGUGCUUCGUUCAAAUAAAUUGCAAACAUUCAAGGUUAUAUGGAAUAAAGGUAAAAUCAGAGUAGAGAACAGACGUGGAAAGAAAAUCAUGCAGUGGACAGAUACUUCUAAUCCAUUACAAAUAAGAAAUAUUGGAAUAUCUACAGGCUGGGGAGCAACUGGAAUAUGGUCAUUUCCAUGUAAAGGUAAACCAGGUAGUUGUAAGGGAAAAUGUCACAAAAAUGGUAAAUGCAAGAAAGGACGAUGUAGAUGUAAAAGAGGAUACACAGGAGAUGGCAUUAACGUUUGUUCCAAAAGCUGUACAUGUUCAGCGAGCGGCGAUCCACAUUACAGAUCAUUUGACGGACAAAUGAUACAUUUCAUGGGAACAUGUAAAUAUACCUUGUCCCAAUAUGUAAAUCCAAAAAGUACAUGCAGAUUCCAUGUUCAAGUCAGGAAUGAAAACAGAGGAAACAAACGUGUCUCAUACACAAGAUCUGUUCAUGUAGUCGUCAGAAACACAAAGAUUGACUUGUUGAAGAAUAAAGUUGUCAAGGUGGAUGGAGUUAAAAGAUAUCUACCAUAUAAAACUGGAUAUUUCAGUAUCAUAAAAUCAGGACGUUACGUAAGACUGAAAACUACAUGUAACGUCAUUAUUACAUGGGACGGGAGAAGUGCAGCAACCAUAUCGGUACCAAGUCAUUUUAGCCAGAAUUUAAUUGGCUUGUGUGGGAAUUGUAAUGGUAUUAAAGAUGAUUUUAGGACAAAAGAUGGUUUGGAUGUGCGCACACAACGGGACAAGUUUACCCUUAUUGGUGAAAGUUACAUGAUUAUAGAGGGCAAUGGUGAAAAGUGUGGUGUGUCAGCCCCACCGGAUCCUUGUACGCCAACACUGAGAAACAAAGCAACAAGAAACACCGUAUGUGGGCGGUUAAACCCAGCUAACUCUAGGAGCCCAUUUAGAGAUUGCUCACAAGAAGACAUGGCAUUAGUUCAAGAUAUUUAUGACAGUUGCAUAUAUGACUAUUGUGCAUAUAGUGACCAACCAGACAUAUUAAAUACAGUUGUUUGUGAAGCUGCUGAAGGCCUUGAAGAAAGAUGUGAAAACAUGGGUUUUGAUAUAUCAUGGAGAACAACAAAAUUUUGUCCUUUUACAUGUGAAGACAAAAUGGAAUACAGUAGCUCUGUAAGUGGAUGCCCAGCCACAUGCGUAGAUUUAGAUGCCCCCAAAACAUGCAAACUACCACCAUCAGAAGGAUGUCAGUGUAAAAAGGGAUUUGUACUCAGUGACAACACAUGUAUACCAAAAGCUCAGUGCGGUUGUAGGCUACCUACCGGUGACUACUAUCCUAUUAAUACAGAAAUUACAUCUAGAGAUUGUCGGACGGUGUCCAAAUGCGUUGCUAAAAACGGUAACGCAAAAAUGCAAGUCAUCAGACGACAAAGAUGUCACAGGAAUGCACAAUGUAAACUACUCAAUGGCGUUUAUGAUUGCGCUUGCGAAGAAGGUUUCAAAGGAGAUGGAAUAAAAAAAUGCAAAGGGAAGCCAGAAACUGGUAUAGAGAAAGUAAUAUGCGAGGGUUUAAAAGGUAGUAUAUCAUGUCCAAGGAAGAAAACGAUACGAAUUGUAGAGGCAACAUAUGGGAGAACUGACAUGAGCACAUGUAAAGACCCAAGAGUAAAAACGACAUCAUGUUCAUCUAACAAACCAUUACCUAUAAUAAGAAAGAAUUGUGAUGGAAUAAAAUCAUGCAUGAUCUCAGCAAAUAACGGCUUGUACGGCGAUCCUUGUGGUGGAACAUACAAAUACGUUACUGUUCGAUACGUCUGCGAAGCAACAGGACCAAAAUGUGGAUCUAGUGUUUGUCAUCCAGAUGCCAAAUGUCAGAGAGGUCGAUGUGUAUGCAGAAAAGGAUUUGUCGGAGACGGUGUAAAUAGCUGCACAGGAACCUGUACCUGUAUUGCUAGUGGAGAUCCACAUUAUAAGAGUUUUGAUGGACAAGUCAUUCACUUUAUGGGAAUAUGUUCUUAUACCAUGGUCAAAUCAACAUCCCAUGAUAAAUGUGGUGGUUUUGAAGUUCAAGUGCAGAAUGAACACCGUGGUGCAAACACAAAAGUCUCAUAUACACAAUAUGUUUUGGUCAAGUUAGCAGAUGCUACAAUUCGGCUAGAUAAAAAGAACGUCGUAUUUGUUAAUGACGUUCAAGUUUAUACUCCAUACUCUGGUACAAACUUUGAAAUUACGACUUCUGGUAGAUAUGUACGGCUGCAAACAAAAUGUAACAUGUUGAUUACAUGGAAUGGUGCCGGUACCGUGGCAGUAUCUGUUCCAAAUAGUUAUUCGGGAAUUGUCUCUGGUCUUUGUGGUGAUUGCAACGGUAAGAAAGACGAUUUCAGAACAGCAACUGGCGAGGAUGUUAGUCUCAAGAAAGACAAAUUCGAACUAAUCGGACAAAGCUAUACGGUACCAGGAAUCUUUGAAACAAAGGAUAAGAAGUGCGUUGUUGGUCCUGUACCAGAAGAUCCAUGUUCUGCAGAAGAGUCUAAAAUAUCUGCUAGCGACAAAUACUGUGGUUUAUUGAAUCCUAAAAAUUACAAAAGUCCAUUCAUGUCUUGUGCGAAAAAAGAUAUGGAUAUGGCUAACGAUUUAUAUGAAUCCUGUUUAUAUGAUUACUGUAGUCUAGCAGGAUCACCGGAACUAGAACGAUUCAUUUGUGAAUCUUUGGAGGGUUACUCAGAACAAUGCGAAGAUAUGGGAUUAUCAAUAACUUGGCGAAGAAAAGAUUUUUGUACACUCACAUGUCCAGAGAAUAUGGAAUAUAGUACUUCUGGCAGUGGAUGUCCAGCAACGUGUGUUGACCCUGAUGCUCCACUUACAUGCAGAUUACCAAAUACUGAAGGCUGUCAAUGUAAAGCAGGAUUUAUUCUUAGUGGAAAUGAAUGUGUGCCCAAAGAAAAAUGUGGGUGUCGAGGACCAGAGGGAGAAUACUAUCCCCUUGGAAAGCAAUUAACUUCAUCAGACUGCACUAUUGUAACCAAGUGUUCCAGUGAAAACGGGAAACUGACUAUGACAAUUGUUAAAAAUCAACUUUGUCAUCACAAUGCUAAGUGUCGUCUUAGAAGAGGCCAAUAUAGAUGUAUCUGUAAAAGGAAAUUCAAGGGUAAUGGUGUGGAUGUAUGUACUCCUAAAUGUAAUCGAAAGUGUAAAAUCAAUGAAAGGUGUGUCAAAGGAAAAUGCAGAUGCAAGAAAGGUUCAGUCAGAACAAAACGGGGAGUAUGUACGAUUAAGAUACCAUGUAAGCAAAAGUGUAAGAGAGGAUUUGUUUGCAGUCUCCUUGGAAAAUGCAAACCAAAAGGGUGUAAACGAAAGUGUAAGAUCAAUGAAAGAUGUUUCAGAGGAAAAUGUAGAUGCAACAAAGGUUUAGUGAGAACAAAACUAGGAGCAUGUAAAACAAAGACACCAUGCAAACCAAAUUGUAAGAGUGGAUUUGUUUGUAGUUUCCGUGGGAAAUGCAAACCAAAAGGAUGUAAACGAAAGUGUAGGAUCAAUGAAAGGUGUGUUAGAGGAAAAUGCAGAUGCAAGAAAGGUUCCUUCAGGACAAAGCUAGGAACAUGUAAAACAAAGACAACAUGCAAACCAAAAUGUAAGAGUGGAUUUGUUUGUAGUUUCCGUGGAAAAUGCAGACCAAAAGCAUGUAAACGAAAGUGUAGGAUCAAUGAAAGGUGUCGUAAAGGAAAAUGCAGAUGCAAGACAGGUUCCUACAGGACAAAGCUAGGAACAUGUAAAACAAAGACCCCAUGCGAAGGAAAAUGUAAGAGAGGAUUUGUAUGUAGUUUCCGUGGAAAAUGCAAACCAAAAGGAUGUAAACGAAAGUGUAGGAUCAAUGAAAGAUGUGUCAGAGGAAAAUGUAGAUGCAAGAAAGGUUCUUACAGGACAAAACUCGGAGCAUGUAGAACAAAGACACCAUGCAAACCAAAAUGUCAGAAGGGAUUUGUUUGUAAUUUCCUCGGAAAAUGUAGACCAAAAGGAUGUAAACGAAAGUGUAGAAUCAAUGAAAGGUGCCGUAAAGGAAAAUGUAGAUGCAAGAAAGGUUCUUACAGGACAAAGCUAGGAACAUGUAAAACAAAGACACCAUGCAAACCAAAAUGUCAGGAGGGAUUUGUUUGUAAUUUCCUCGGAAAAUGUAGACCAAAAGGAUGUAAACGAAAGUGUAGAAUCAAUGAAAGGUGCCGUAAAGGAAAAUGUAGAUGCAAGAAAGGUUCUUACAGGACAAAGCUAGGAACAUGUAAAACAAAGACACCAUGCAAACCAAAAUGUCAGGAGGGAUUUGUUUGUAAUUUCCUCGGAAAAUGUAGACCAAAAGGUUGUAAACGAAAGUGUAGAAUCAAUGAAAGGUGCCGUAAAGGAAAAUGUAGAUGCAAGAAAGGUUCUUACAGGACAAAGCUAGGAACAUGUAAAACAAAGACACCAUGCACACCAAAAUGUGAGAGUGGAUUUGUUUGUAGUUUCCUCGGAAAUUGCAGACCAAAAGGAUGUAAACGAAAGUGUAGGAUUAAUGAAAGAUGUGUUAGAGGAAAAUGCAGGUGCAAGGAAGGUUCAUACAGGACAAAACUAGGAGCAUGUAGGACAAAGAUUCAAUGUACGCCAAAUUGUAAAAGAGGAUUUGUAUGUAGUUUCCUCGGAAAAUGCAGACCAAAAGGAUGUAAACGAAAAUGUAGGAUCAAUGAAAGGUGCUUUAAGGGGAAAUGCAGAUGCAAUAAAGGUUCCUUCAGGACAAAACUAGGAACGUGUAAAAAGCGAUGUAAUGCUGAUAGCUGCGGAGUGAACGCAGUAUGUGUCGCGAGGAAAUAUUGUCGAUGUAAAAGGGGAUAUGCUGGUCAUCCAAAAACAUUAUGUGAAGAAGUUAAAGAAUGUCUCAAAAAUGCAAGGGGAAACGACUACAAUGGACGAAUGAGUACGACAGAAUCAGGACGAACAUGUCAGGCUUGGAAUAAACAAACACCGCACCGUCACAGCAAAUCGAAUGUAAGGGAUGCCAAAAACUACUGUAGAAAUAUGGACAAUGAACUACGGCCAUGGUGUUAUACAACAGAUAGCGGGAAACGUUGGGAAUUUUGUAGAAUUCCUAUUUGUGGUGCACCUAAACCACCGUGUGGUGAUAUGGUAAUGAUGGCAUGUCAUUCAGAUCGUGAACACAGAACGGAAUGUAUUGUUCCAAAUGCUGAGAGAAUUAAUUAUAUUGAACUUAAAAGUGGCGAGGACAAUCCGUCUUGCACAUUUGGUGUUACCUAUGGUUUCUAUGGAGUGACAAUAUGGACCAAAGAGAACUGCCGGGAAAAAAUAAAAGUUUGCUUAACUCCAAGGAAUCGUGUUCCAAUACUUCCCCCUCCUGAAGAGUGUCGCAACACCGAAAAGGGCGAAGACUAUGUUGGAAAAUGGAGUAAAACCGAAACUGGAAAGAAUUGUCAGAGAUGGGACCAACAAUAUCCACAUACACAUGCAUUCUUUCUUGAUGGAAAAAAUUCUGAAAAUUACUGCCGAAAUUUUGAUGGUUCUUCGAGACCGUGGUGUUAUACAGAGGAUCCUUACACUGAAAGAGAAUAUUGUGCUAUACAUACAUGUGCACCCGAAGAUCCAGAGGAUGUAGAUGAAUGUCGAAAAUCUGCAAAGGGUACAGAAUACAAAGGUCGAAUAAGUUUGACACAAACUGGACGUACCUGUCAGUAUUGGGAACGACAAUAUCCACAUAAACAUCCAUUUAGCAUCAGCUUCAAAACGGAACAUAAUUAUUGUAGAAAUCCUGACAACAGUGGACAACCAUGGUGUUAUACAAAUGAUCCAACAACACGUUGGGAAUAUUGUCAGAUACCAAUGUGUGCUGCUUGUUCUGUAAGAGAAGAGAUUGUAGAAUGCAAAGCGACUGUUAGAGUCUCUGGUUCAUGUUUUUAUAAAUCGAAAGUAGGAUCUAGCUGUGUUUACACCGUGCAGCUGUCAGAUUCACAGGCAAUCAUCAAGACCUCAACACAAGAAAUGGUACUUACAAAUGGAGGAAAUCUGGCUGAAUGUGCUAUUUUUACCUUUAAUGAUGGAACUCUAAAAAUAGAAGAUGACGUCUGCAAAUGCUUUGAAGCCCCUGUGGUGAACAAAUAAGACUGCAUGAAAUAGUUACACUAUGAGGACUGAAAAUAUUUAGAGGCAUUGUGCUUAGUAUAGACAGAGUGCACUCUCAAUAAUUGUGUGCUUAGCUUUAAAUAAAUUAUCAUCUAAUAAAAUAAAAUUGCCGAAAUUA